AUGACCACCGACCAAGAACCGCCUUCCGUCGCCGAACCUCACCUCGCCUCGCCUUCGCGCCCCGGCAGCAACUGUACAGCGCGCGCCUAUCCUCACCUGCCCACCCCUCGCACCCCUCCUCCUCCUCCUCCUCCUCGCUCCCUCCUGUGGGCCUCGGCCCUCGCCUUCGAGGAAGCAAAAUUCUACAAUCUCCGGCUGCACGAAUACCGCUGGACCCUCUCCGUCUCGUCCGAGCGCGCCUAG